AACAAAGGAUAUACAGCCAGCAAAAUGGAUGAAUAACAAAAACAAGAUUUGCUCUGUGAGUGUUUGAAGUCUAAGCCGAAGCCGAACCGAACGGUAAGAGUGAGCAAAUGAGCACAGUUAUUAAUCGACCGUCGUCAAAGUCGGGUGUGCGUCAAACAAACCUAACACAGUUUUCCGCCGUCGUCGUUUUGAUAGGAUUUGGAUAGUGUGUGAAAUUUUUUUGAAACUGUUGAUAACAGGACAUUUGGAGAGAAAUAAAUAGAAACAAAAUUUGAUUAGAUAACGCAACAAAAUUAUAUCGAAUUUCUUAAGAGCUAGAAAAUAAACACACAAACAUUUUUAACAAUUCCGACAAAACCCGUGGUUUUGUGAUAAAAUAAAAAAUAUUUUUUUGUUUUUUUAAAGUGAUAAAAAAAAUUUACAAACAUUUCCUACUUAAACAUGAAUGACGCAGCAGCUUUGGCUGGUAUGAUACCAUACGAUACAAUCGGGCUCUACGAACAGCCAAAGCCACGUUUUAUAUUUAAAAUGCCUCGAGUUGUUCCCGAUCAAAAGGCUAAAUUCGAAAGUGAUGAACUAUUUCGAAGAUUAAGCCGAGAAAGUGAGGUUCGUUAUACAGGCUACAGAGAACGUGCAUUGGAAGAACGUCAAAUACGCUUUCAAAAUGGUUGCCGCGAAGGACAUACGGAAAUUUCGUUUGUUGCAUCCGGAACAAAUUUGCAAUUAGUUUUCAAUGCCAAUCAAAAUCCUUACAUUCAGGACAAAGAAUGUGAUUUUGACAAAGAGCACGGAAAGGUUCACAUUAAAUCCCACUUUAUCAUGAAUGGCGUCUGUGUACGCUUUCGAGGCUGGCUAGAUCUAGACAGACUAGAUGGAGUUGGAUGUCUAGAAUAUGAUGAACGUCGAGCUAUUCACGAAGAUGCAAUACUUCGUGAACAAAUCGACAGAUAUAACCAAAGACUUCGUGAAUUCGAAGAUACUAAACGUGCAUAUCGAGAUAGCCGCCAGGAUGAAAUGGAAGCUGUCCGUCGAGGUGUAGCUUCAGGUGGUAUUGGAGUUGGUGUUGGGGCAGGAAUGUGGAGGCGAUAGUUUGACUGAAUUGAAAACAAAAAUAUGUAAUAUCUCUAAUAAUUAAUAAGUUAGGAAUUUAUAGUUAAUCGAAAUGAGAAAACUUGAUAAAAACUAUAAUGUACGCCUACAAUCUUGCCAUUUAAUGGCACUUUUGACUUCAUGUGAUUUUUUUUUGUUCGAAUUAACAUACAUAAAUAAUAAUUAAUUAAUUAAUUAAUGUGUCCUAUAUGUAUACUUUUUUAAAAAAUAUGAUUGUUUCUAACAGAAGUUAUGUUUAUAUUAAAUGAACUUUUAAUCAAAUUUUUCUUUAAAUAACUUUUAUGUUUUUUAUUUUGAAAUUUGUAUUUUUUUAAUAGAGUUUUAUGAAUAAAAACAAAUUUAUUUACUUUGUAAGAUGUUCUUUGUAAUUGAUUUAACAAAAUAAAAACAAAUUCAUUUAUAAUUGUUUUGAUAUUGUUUUAAGUGCAAUUUUGUAACGUAACUAUUAUAACUUACCUUACCUACUUAAAGAUAUUGUUUGUGAAGAUAAAAGUGCUAAAUAGAUCAUAGAAUUCUUUAAAAAAAUAUAUAAAGAGAAUAUCACGAUAUGAUAUUCUGCACAAAUAAUCAAAA